AUGCCGGGUCACGAUGUCUUUGGAGCCUUUGAGGGCUUCGUUUCGAUGGCGCCACCGGCUUUAGUUGUUGCAGGCCCGACGCUCAACGCGAUUUCGAUUUUGCCGAUGCAGCUCAUGACUCGGGGAGGGAAGUUGAGCUUCAUGUUGAAGGAGCUGGGUGACAAGUAUGGCCCUCUAGUCCGCGUUGGUCCCAACGAAGUCCUUUUUGGGGAUGCAGAUACCUACCGCAAAAUCUCAGCUGUUCGCUCAGACUUCACAAAAGGUCCAUGGUAUGAGCUGGCCAAGGUCGUCCCAGACCAGCACAGUCUCUUCUCAAUGAGAGAUGAUGAGCAACGGAAAGAGUUGAGGGCGAAGCUGAGUGAAGGCUAUGCCGGUCGAGACAACGGCGGUUUCGAGCCCGGGGUAGACAAGAUGGUCGCCCAAUUCGUUGACCUCGUCGAAUCCAAAUACAUCUCCUCAGGCAUUGACUAUCGGCCGAUAGAAUUCUCCCACAAAUCCCAGUACUUUGCCCUGGACGUCAUCGGCCAGCUCGCAUUCGGCGAGGCUCUGGGCUUCCUAGCAAACGAUGAGGAUCUUUGGGGUUAUGUUUCGACGAACGAUCAGGUCUUUCCGGCUCUUGCACUCAUGCUGAAUAUUCCGCACGUAGGCAUCAUGAUGCAGCGUUGGCCGUUCAGCAAGUUGCUGCCCUUCUCGAGUGAUGAGUAUGGCUUUGGCAAACUGAUGCAGUAUGGCGUCCCCUUUGGGGCUUCAGAAGAGCUGUGCUAA